UUCUUUGAUACAUUGUCAGCCACUUGCAUGCUCGAAAACGAAGUGUGGCCCCAAAUUUGUCCCUCUUUCGAAUUAGAUUGAUUAUUCAUCCAAAUCCUCUACAUAACACAAGCCAUCUUCCCAGAUUUUAAUGCCAAGCUAAGCACUCCCAAAAAAACCCUCAACAAAAAAAUGAAUUACCCUCAUUCCCAAUACCGAAAGCACCCAAUAAAGUGCAUCAAAAAAAGGCUCAACCAAGAGCAGGUAAGGCUCUUGGAGGCAAGUUUCAACUUCAACAACAAGCUUGACGCGGAUCGGAAGCUGCAGCUGUCCCAAGAACUCGGCAUCCCACCAAGGCAGAUCGCGAUAUGGUACCAGAACAGACGAGCAAGGUGGAAGAGCCAGAGCCUUGAGGUGGACCACAAAGCCCUCCAAAUGAGACUAGAGAGUGCCUUGGCUGAUAACAAGAGGCUCGAGAGAGAAGUUGAGAGGCUCAGAGAAGAGUUGGACAAGGCACGAGAAAUUUUGCUUGCAUUUAACACACCAAAUUACUCUUCUCUCCCACCUUCUAUCUCAACAUCGUGUGAUGAUGUUGGAAGCUCCAGCUUGCUUGGUGACUCGAAAAAUCAGCUUGACAAGGAGCUUUUCGCGUGUUUGAUCGGAGAUGAAGGUCCGUUUGGCAAACCAAAUGGCCAUGAUUUCUUUGCUCCAUCUAUAUCUUGAUCAUGUCUACUUCAUGAGACGGUUAUAUAUAUCUAGAAUAAGUCUAUAUAAAAUUAGUGACACUAGUGUACUCCUUCGCUGUUAAUUAGUAUGAGCUUUACAAAUAUUCAGAUGCUACAACUCGUAUAAUGGAUUGAUGGAAUGAAUUCAUUUUGCUUGA